AUGUUAAAGCUAUUGGUAUAGAGAUAAACAUAGAAAAAAAUUAUAAAAGAAUAGUUAAAAUAUAUAGACACACACAAGUAACAAAGAUAGAUAUAGAUCUGCAUGGGUAGAUUCUAGACGGAGAAAACAAUGGAUGGUGAAAAUAGUCCAUUAUUUGACACCGAGAGAGCAAAAGGGAGGAAGCUACACAGGGUGUUUGCAACGACGGUGUUAGUGAGUAUUGUAUGGAUAUGGGUAUACAGAGCAACACAACAGCCACCAUCAACGGCAGUUUCCGGUGGGCGGAGGUGGUGGUGGAGGGGGAUGUUUAUGGCCGAGCUAUGGUUCGGGAUGUAUUGGGUGUUUACUCAGUCGGUUCGAUGGAAUCCCACGUACCGGCGCACCUUCAAACAAAGACUCUCACAAAGGUAUGAAGACCAACUGCCGAGGGUGGACCUAUUCGUUUGCACGGCUGACCCCAAAGUCGAGCCACCAAUGAUGGUGGUCAGCACUGUUUUAUCAGUAAUGGCAUACGACUACCCGCCGAAGAAGCUCGCUGUCUAUCUAUCUGACGAUGGCGGCUCUGAACUUACCUUCUAUGCUCUCACUCAAGCUGCCAUCUUCUCCAAGCAUUGGCUGCCAUACUGUAGAAACUACAAGAUCGAGCCACGCUCUCCGCUUGCCUAUUUCAAAUCAGCAUCUCGUCCUUCAAACACGAAACAGGAUCAAGAUUACACCAAUAUUAAGAAAUUAUUUGAAGAAAUGAAGGAUCGAACUGAAAAUGUGAUGAACAAUGGAAGAGUUCAUGAUGAAUUGCGCUUAGAACACAAAGGAUUUACAGAAUGGGAUUCAUUUACAUCUUCAAAAGAUCAUGCCACUAUCGUUCAAGUUUUACUUGAUCAAAAUGAAGAUGCAGAAGGUCAUAGCCUUCCAAAAUUGGUAUACCUGGCUAGAGAAAAGAGACCAGAUCAUUUCCAUAACUUCAAAGCUGGAGCCAUGAAUGCAUUGAUAAGGGUCUCAUCGAAGAUAAGCAAUGGCCCGAUAAUUCUCAAUGUCGAUUGUGACAUGUACUCAAAUAGCAGCGAUACCGUGAGAGACGCUCUUUGCUUUUUCAUGGAUGAAGAAAAAGGCCACGAGAUUGCUUUCGUUCAGUACCCGCAAUGUUUCGAAAACGUUACGAAAAAUGAAGUUUAUGGUGGUUCUAUGAGAGUAAUUUUUGAGGUAGAUUUUCACGGUUUGGAUGGAAAUGGCGGAAGUAUGUAUAUUGGAACGGGUUGCUUUCACCGGAGAGAUAUUCUGUUCGGAAAAAGCUUUGAUGAUGAAAGUAGAAUUGAUUGGAAAAUGGAGAAUGAUCACAAGGAGACACUAGAAAACAUGAUCGAAGAACUAAAGAAUCUUGCGAGCUGCACCUAUGAAAUUGAUACCGAAUGGGGCAAAGAGAUGGGCUUGAAAUACGGGUGUCCAGUUGAGGAUAUACUAACAGGCCUAUCGAUUCACUGCCGAGGAUGGAAAUCUGUGUAUUACAAUCCAAACCGAAAGGCGUUUCUAGGUGUUUCUACAACCACACUUGACCAGACCCUUGUGCAGCACAAGAGGUGGUCCGAGGGUGAUCUAUUGGUUUUGAUCUCAAAAUAUAGUCCGGCUUGGUUCAGGCUCGGAAAGGUUAACCCUGGUCUCAUAAUGGGCUAUUUGAUAUACUGCUUAUGGGCCCCUUCCUCUGUGCCAACUCUAUAUUACUCCAUUGUCCCUUCAGUUUGUCUCCUUAAAGGGGUUCCACUUUUCCCAGCGGUAACAAGUGGAUGGUUCCUCCCAUUUGCAUACAUCAUAGUCUCCAUCACUGCUUUCGACUACCUCGAAUUUCUCCGGUGCGGCGGCACCACCAAAGGGUGGUGGAACGGUCGAAGAAUUUCGCUCUACAAACGAACAAGUUCGUACCUUUUCGCGUUACUUGACAUCAUUUUGGGCUCCGAUUUAUCAUUCGUAAUCAGCUCAAAAGUGAUGGAUAAUGACGUUCAAGCGAGAUACGAGAAAGAAAUGAUGGAAUUCGGUGUGUCAUCGCCUUUAACAACAACUGUGGCAACGAUAUCGAUGCUCAAUCUUGUGUGUUUUGUUGGGGUCGUUAUGAAGUCUACGUUGAUGGAUAAGGUAACUAGGGGAGUGUACUAUGAGACCAUGGCAGUUCAUGUUGUACUUUGUGGUGCAUUGGUUGUACUCAACAUGCCAUUGUACUGGGCUCUUUUUGUUCGUAAAGAUAAAGGGAAGAUCCCGGAUCCUGUUACAGUUAAAUCGGUUGUUCUAGCUUUGUUUGUUUCCACUGUCUUAUAUUUUAUGUAGAAUAUUGAUAAUUAGUACUUUGGUAGUCUGGUACCAUGACAUGUACUUGGGCCUAGGUCCAUUUUGAUAAUUAUACUUUGUAAAAACAAUACUUUGUUUGGAUAAUUUACCGAGUGUUAAUAAUACAAUAUUUGACAACAAAAA